CCUUCCUGCGGCCCCUCCCGUUUCCUGCCGGAGCGGCGCGGCGCGGCGCCGGUCGCCAUGGCAGCGGGGCCGCUGGUCUGGGGGCUGGCGGCGCUGGGGCUGCUGCUGCUGGCGCUGCUCGGCGGCGCGCGCCGCCUGCGGCGCCGUUACGCAGCCGAGGGGCCUCGCGCCUUCGCGGCGGGAUGGGCGGCGCGGGCUGAUGACGUCCGCGCCUUGCUGGUGACGGCGCACCCCGAUGACGAAGCGAUGUUCUUCGCGCCCACGGUGCUGAGCUUGGGCAGGGCCGGCGCCCGCGCCGCGGUGCUGUGCUGCUCCGCAGGAAAUUAUUACAAUCAAGGAGAGAUUCGUAAGAAAGAAUUGGAACAGAGUUGUUUACUUCUGGGGAUUCCUGCUUCCAGUGUAACAGUUGUUGAUCACAGGGAUCUUCCGGACAAUCCUGCUCUUCAGUGGGACACACAGCUCCUUGCCACCUUCGUGCUGAAGCAUAUAGAAGCCAAUAACAUCAACCUGGUGGUAACCUUUGAUGCGGGAGGAGUGAGUGGUCACGCUAACCACACCUCUCUUUACACUGCUUUAAGGUACCUGCAUUCAGAGCGGAAGUUACCUGAAGGAUGCCAUGUGCUCACACUUGAGUCAGUAAAUCUCUUCAGGAAGUACAUCUCCAUCCUGGAUGUGCCCAUUUCCUGCUUCCUAUCCAGAGAUGCACUCUUCAUACUCACGGAGAAGGAGGCUGAACAAGCCAGGAGAGCCAUGCAGUGUCAUCGCAGCCAGCUCCUCUGGUUUCGCCACCUCUACAUGCUAUUCUCACGUUACAUGGUGAUCAAUUCACUCCGCCUUCUGUAAAAAGACAACACUCGCACACCUUCAGGUGUGAGAGAAAGAGAAGAGAAAAGACUGUGCCAGGCCAAGCACUGAAGAAAACUCACCUGUUAUGCACACAAGAGUGUUCUCUGUGUGUAGCAUUCUUGCAGACUGCAAGCAAUAGGCUGUAUGAACUUCCUCCUGAAUGUCUUGUUGCCUGAUAUUUUGAGAGAUGAACAGGGUUUAACAGCUAUUCUGUUUUCUCACUGUAGAAGCUUAACUUGGAUAAGAAAUUUGGAUUAACCUAAUUAGGAGUUAAAUGGUAUUCUGCAUUAUAUAUGGCACAAACUAUUGUUCCCCAGGAAGAAAUAGCCCUGAAGACUGUUUGACAAGUCCUGCCUCUUACUUGGUGCUUUUGUAAAAACCAAAUAUCAGGAGUGACUUUUCCAAGAUCAUGCCAUCUCCACAGAUUAAACCAGGACCACAAGACCUGCAUUAGUCAGUCAGGACUUUUAAAAGCCAAAUCUUUUGAAUAAAACAUCAGAAAUGA